GAUGAUUAUAUCUUCAAUAUAGGGGUGGCUAGCUAAAACAAUAAUCCAAAUAAUUAUUAGGCUUGCGAUUUACUUACAGAUAAGGGAACUUUAAUAAGAGAUAAAGAAUCAUUGUAGACUAAUCUAACAGUAAAUAAUGGCUCAAAAAUUAAAGUCUGUCAUAGUAAAAAGUAUCCUAGAACAAUAUAAUUUACAAUAGACAAAAGUUUUAAAGUAUAUUCAUAUCCAUAUAAAUCAAGGAUAGAAUAAGUUUGA